AUGGGCGGCGGCUACCACGGCAUCUGGAAGCGCCACGCCCUCUACGGCUUGGGGCUGACUGACUCUCUGGCACAGGCUCAGGCCCAGGCACAGGCUGCCGCACUGGGUGGAGGCGGGGCAGCCCUCAGCCAGGCACAGGCGCAGGCGCAGGCUGCCGGGCUGGGCAGCGGUUACCACGGCAUCUGGAAGCGCCAAGCCCUCUACGGCUUGGGGCUGACUGACUCUCUGGCACAGGCACAGGCCCAGGCACAGGCUGCCUCACUGGGCGGUGGCGGGGCAGCCCUCAGCCAGGCACAGGCGCAGGCGCAGGCUGCCGGCCUGGGCAGUGGUUACCACGGCAUCUGGAAGCGCCAUGCCCUCUACGGCUCGGAGCUGACCGACUCCCUCGCCCAAGCACAGUCGCAGGCACAGGCCAUCGGACUGGGCAGUGACGGGGACGGUGCUGCCCUGAGCCAGUCACAGUCGCAAGCACAGGCCAUCGGGCUGGGCAGUGGUGACGACGGCGAGGGUGGCGCUGCCCUUAGCCAGGCCCAGGCGCAGGCCCAGGCUGCUGCUGUCGGGCUUGAAUUCUAG